CAGUGCUGCACCCAAAGCACAGGCGUCUGCAGCUAGGAGCAAUGUGGCACAUCUAAGGUUCGCUGAGAAGCCUGGGAAGCAAAAACAAAAACAAAAAGAACUAUCUUUCCUAUUAUUCUUCAUGUGUUUAACAUGUAUUGUGAAUUUGAAUUUUCACAGAACUCCUAGAAUUUGAAGCUACACAGCAUAACAUUAUUGAGGCUGAAACAUGAUAUAAUACGGACUCUAAUGACCUAUAUGGAUACUUUCCAUUUAUCAGCACUGAUGACAGUUUACUCUCUUGAGUUGCCUUUGCUGAAGCCACCAGAAAUGUAUUUGAACCUUCUUAAAACCAUACCUCUGAGUUUUUGUUUCCCAUCCUCACCAUCAAUUGAUAGAACUCAGGGGUAUGAAAUGUACUUAAGAGUAAAAAAAGUUAGAAAAGGAACAAACAGUUUUUGUUUCCACCAUCCACCGUUUCCUCUGAAGAGUACCUGUUAGAAUCAAAACAGACAUCAGAAUGAAUUGUUGGUUAUUGCUACUUUUUAUGUUGGGAAUUCCUGUCCUUCUGCCCUGCUUUACAGCAACAGAAAUCUCUAAAACACAGGAAGUCAAGCAGCCAGUGGGAUCUCAUUUGAGAGUGAAGCGUGGCUGGGAGUGGAAGCAGUUUAUUGUACAAGAGGAAAUUAAUACAACAGAUUAUUUUGUUGGCCAGCUAAAAUCUGACUUAGACAAUGGAAACAACUCUUUCCAGUACAAGCUUUUGGGAGAUGGAGCAGAGAGUAUUUUUACAAUUAAUCCCAAAACAGGUAACAUAUAUGCCAAACAGAAGCUUGAUAGAGAGGAACGAUCCUUCUACACUCUAAGAGCCCAGGUAAUCGAUACCACUACUGGAAGGGCUGUGGAACCUGAAUCUGAAUUUAUCAUCAGAGUUUCGGAUACCAAUGACAAUGAACCAAAAUUUCUAGAUGAACCUUAUGAAGCCAUUGUACCAGAGAUGUCUCCAGAAGGAACAUUUGUCAUCCAGGUGACAGCAUGGGAUGCUGAUGAUCCUGCCUGUGGCAAUAAUGCUCGUCUCCUAUACAGUCUGCUUCUGGGUCAACCUUAUUUCUCCAUUGAACCAACGACAGGAGUCAUAAGAAUAUCUUCUAAAAUGGAUAGAGAACUGGAAGAUCAGUAUUGGGUAAUUAUUCAAGCUAAAGACCUGAUUGGCCAGCCUGGAGGACUGUCUGGAACAACAAGUGUAUUAAUUAAACUUUCUGAUAUUAACGACAAUAAGCCUGUAUUUAAAGAAAGUUUUUACCGCCUGUCUGUCUCUGAAUCUGCACCCACUGGAACUUCUAUAGGAAAAAUCAUGGCAUUUGAUAAUGACAUAGGAGAGAAUGCAGAAAUGGAUUACAGUAUUGAAGAAGAUAAUUCACAAACAUUUGACAUCAUUACAAAUAAUGAGACCCAAGAAGGAAUAGUUAUAUUAAAAAAGAAAGUGGAUUUUGAACACCGGAAUCACUUUGGUAUUAGAGCAAAAGUUAAAAACCUCCGUGUGGAUGAGCAGCUCAUGAUAUAUCAUGCUGAACCUUCCACCACCUUCAUUAAGGUACAGGUACAAGAUGCCGAUGAACCACCUGUUUUCCUCCUCCCAUAUUAUGUAUUUGAAAUUUUGGAAGAAAACCAAUAUGGAUCAUUUGUGGGCAUCGUAUCUGCCACAGAUCCAGAUCAUCGGAAUUCUCCUAUCAGGUACACUGUUACCAGAAGCAAAUUGUUCAAUAUUGAUGACAAUGGCACAAUCAUUACAACUAACCUUCUUGACCGGGAGAUUAGUGCUUGGUACAACCUGAGUAUUACAGCCACAGAAAAAUACAAUUUACAACAAGUUUCUGAAGUCCCUGUAUAUGUGCACAUUCUCAAUAUUAAUGAUCAUGCUCCUGAGUUCUCUCAAUACUAUGAGACUUACGUUUGUGAAAAUACAGGCUUUGGUCAGGUAAUUCAGACCAUUAGUGCAGUGGAUAGAGAUGAAUCCAUAGAAGAGCACCAUUUUUGCUUUCAUCUAUCUAUGGAAGACACAGUGAACUCAAGUUUUACCAUCAUAGAUAAUCAAGAUAACACAGCUGUAAUUUUGACUAAUAGAACUGGUUUUAGCCUUCAAGAAGAGCCUGUCUUCCUCAUGUCCAUCUUAAUUGCUGACAACGGAAUCCCAUCACUUACAAGUACCAACACCCUUACCAUCUCUGUCUGUGACUGUGGGGACGGUGGGAGCACACAGUCCUGCAGUAGUAAGGAACUUCUACUUUCCAUGGGAUUCAGGACAGAAGUCAUAGUUGCUGUUCUGAUCUGUAGCAUGAUGAUGUUUGGUUUUAUUUUUUUGAUCCUGGGUCUAAAACAACGAAGAAAACAGACUCUUUUUCCCGAGAAACGUGAAGAUUUUGGAGAGAACAUAUUCAGAUAUGAUGAUGAAGGGGGUGGAGAAGACGACACAGAGGCCUUCGAUGUCGCACAGCUGAGGAGGAGCACCGUGAUGCGGGGACACAAGGCUCGAAGAAACGCCACCACUGAACUCCGGAGCCUGUACCGGCAGUCCUUGCAGGUGGGUCCAGACAGUGCCAUAUUCAGGAAAUUCAUUCUAGAAAAGCUCGAGGAGGCUGAUACUGAUCCCUGCGCCCCUCCCUUUGACUCCCUACAGACCUAUGCUUUUGAGGGAACAGGGUCAUUAGCUGGAUCCCUUAGCUCCUUGGGAUCAGGAAUCUCUGAUCAGGAUGAAAAUUUUGAUUACCUUAAUGAAUUGGGACCUCGCUUUAAAAGGUUAACAUGCAUGUUUGGUUCUGCAAUGCAGUCAAAUCACUAGAUUUUUUGUUAUUAAAAUUUUAAAGAUGCUAAUGUGUCUGUGGGUAGGUUGAGAGUCUCUUGGUAAUUGGGACAAGCCCAUAUCAUGAAAAAAUCCCCAGUUGUGUGUGGGUAGACCAGCAAUCUGGGGGUGGGGAGGGGCUGCUGCUUUAUAGCACUUGCUGAUUUCCUUGCAGUAAAUGCAGGUAAUUUCAAGAUACACACGAGAUACCACCAAAUGUUGGAAAUACUAAUAUUCACAUUUCUUGUGCCAUUGCCAUCCAGCUAGCAUCCCAGUGAAACAUUCCUCUAUCUUUUUCAAUAUAAUCCAAUCCAAAUGCUCCAAAUUUUUGAGUGGUUAAUGUGGGAAAGCCACUAAGUUAGUUCAUCUUAGUAUUAUUUUCAUUUCUCUAUUUUUUUAAUCUUACAAAUUGAGUAUAAAAUGUUUAUAUGUGUAAGUUCCUGAUAUUACAAAGACAAACACUCGUGAGUACUUUGGGGACUAUAUAAAAGCCUUUAAAUAAUUUAUUAUGUAUGAAUAAGUAGGCUUCUCACUUCCCACUUUGAUAUUUUCAAUUUUUCGCCAAGUUCACCAUUUAAAAUUGAUUUCAAUUUGGACACAUACAUGGUAUGUGGCAGUUAAUCAAAACUAUAUUGCAUAUAUUUGUGUUGUUUUUAAUACUAAAUCAUUGUAUAUAAAGGGGUCAUGAAAUUAUAUUUAAGAAAUUUUCAUAUGUUAUAUUCAUAUGCUACCCAAACUAUAUUUCAUGGCAACAUAUAAUGGCAACAUACAUGUCAACAUUUAUUCAUCAUUAAAUUUAAACUUUAUGCAACUGGUGGAAAGGUUGUAAAACCUCUAAGUUAAAUUUUUUGCUACAGAAAAUGAUACAGAAACCUGAAAGGAGCACUGGAUUCAUGCUUGAAUGAAUAGUCAUCUUAAAUAUUAUGAUCAACUGCACUCUCUCUUACCGUGCCUAAAAUAAAACAUGAUACAAUUCUUAGCAGUUCUUUUUUUGUUAAGAGCUUUGAAUAAGACUGAUUUCUGAGUGUCAUUUUUUUUAUUAUGGAAUGUAAAAUUAGGUGCAUAGUUGGUUUUAUGGUACAUUAUAAAGGAAAUAAAUGCUAAGCUGUUAGACAUAAAGCUUUAUGGUAACAUUAGAUAAUAAGAUAAUAAAACACUUUAAUUUUGAUCCACCUUUUAAAGAAUGGUCCUUAUUCUGUCCAAAUCAAGAUGGGAUUCAAAAUUCAGAGUUUGAACAAACAGAAAUCAGUGAAUAAAAUGUCUUCAAAAUUGGUUUAUAUGCUAAUUUCUGAUUAAUAGUAUGUGAGAUUGAGUUGAAUCAAAUUGGCCAUAUAUGGUUAAAUAAAAUAUUUUGAAUAUUUUUGACAUAUGGUUAGAAUAAUUGAAUGGAUGCAAUGAUUUUUUUCUAUUCCCUGUACUCUGAAACUUAAACAUCCAUGGACUGGAAUAGAAUAGAGUUUUUCAAAGAUCUGAAUCAGGUACAAUUAUGCCAACAACACAGAUAACAUUUUUAAAAAGCCAGAGAAAAUCUGAUUUAACAUAUAAAAACUUAGUAAAAUAUUUGAAAAUAGAUGAAAUGAAAUAAACUGUAGUAAAUCUUUAUGCAUUCACAUUGUUAUUGUAGAUUUUAAUAAAGGCUAAUCAAUGGAGAUUCUUAUGAAAACAGCACAAAAUCACAUUAAUAACUUCAGUACUUAAAUACCACCCUUAGUUGACUCACAUGUUUAUACAGAAGCCAUAUUUUACUCAUGGCUAAAACAUGAAAAUAUUUAUAGCCUUUGUAGGAAGCAGAUAAUAUAAGCAGUAAUAUAAACCCAGUCAGCACCUGUGCUUGAGCCUCAUGGAACUGAGUUUGAAUUAGUUCUCUUUUCUUAAAAUAACCGUGUGAAAGAAUUGAAAGCAUGGACUCAAAGCAGAUAUUUGCAUGCUGAUGUUCUUUGUGGCAUUAUUCACAAUUAUCAAAAGAUGGAAGCAUAUCAAGUGAC